AACCGUAUAUAUCUCCCGUCCGCUCACGCCUACAUCGGGACCUACAAAUCGGCGAUUUUUCCGCGUGUCCCUCUCUCUCUAUUUCCUCAGCUUCUGAUCCGUCUCUUCACCUCGACUACUCACUCAGUUAACCCUUCUCUCUCUCUCUCUCUUCUGUCUUAUUCUCUCUCUUCUGUCUUCUAUCUCUCUCUCUCUCCUCUUCUCAUUACUUGCUUACCUCCUCCUUUUCAUCUUUUCUUCUUCAAUUCUCACUCGUUUAACUCGUCUCUCCGUCUCCACUGUCCUGUCUCUUUCCUCUUCUUAACACCUGUCACUGCUUGCUUACCUCGUUCCCUUCAUCUUUUCUUCUUCUCUUCUCACUCAUUUGACCUGUUCCCCCCGCUCUGUACUCCCUCUUCUCUCUCUACUUUUCUUUUUAAUAUCCUUCCUUUUGGGGCUCUCUCUUAUUCCUUCAUCAGUUCCUGAGAACCUCAGCGCCCCCUUUUGUCUGUCUUCUUAACCCCCCCCCCCUCCUCUCUCUCCCCUUAACCCCCCAAUUCUCUCUCCCUUCUCUCUGUACUUACCCUUUUAGUCCUUGCUACCUUCCCUCUGUUUCUACUGUUCCUGUCUUUCUAAUCCCAUUCCUCGAGGCUUAAUCCUGUCACCCUUCUCUGUCUGCUUUUCCUCUGUCUUCCUUCUAUCAAUCUCUGUGUUGCUUCUAUCUCUAGUUUUCCUCUGUCUUCGUUCUCCCACACCCUCUCUCUCUACUUUUCCUGUGUCUUCGUUCUCCCAAUCUCUCUCCUACCUCCCUCUUCAAUUCUUAAGAAUCUGAACACCCCACCUCUCCUUUAUCGUCUACUCUUUUUAAUCAUCUCCCUCUCUUCAUCCUAUUCCCACUCUCUUUCUCUAUCUGUCGUCCUUCUCUUGUGCUUUGGUCUUCAGCCCCCCCUCUCUCUUUCUUCCUCCCCAUGCCAAAAAAUCGGCGCCGAUUUGUUCAAAUUAGGAAAUGGGCAAGGCCAGUCGUUGGCUACGCGGCCUCUUAGGCAGCAAAAAGUCCGCCACCUCUCAGGAUCCACCCGGUGGUGAGCCCCUGAAAGAGCGGCGGAAAUGGGGCUUCGUUAAAUCCUUCCGAGACAAAGAGCGAGGCGGAGCCGGCCCUCGCCUUUCGGCUCCGGCAGCGGCUGAACAGCGCGGCUCAUACAGAGAAGGGGCUUCACGUUUCGAUGAGAGCAACAAGCACGCCAUAGCUGUUGCUGCCGCCACUGCUGCAGUUGCCGAGGCGGCGGUGGCUGCAGCGCAGGCGGCUGCAGCAGUGGUGCGGCUCACGAGCAGUGGCCGGGCAGCGGGAUGCUCUGUUGCUGUAGCUGGUGCUUAUGGUGGCGGCGGCGGAAAGAGGGAGGAUUGGGCAGCGGUGAAGAUACAAUCUGCAUUUAGGGCUUACUUGGCAAGGCGGGCUCUUCGCGCAUUGAAGGGCCUGGUGAAGCUUCAGGCUCUAGUCAGGGGCCACAUUGUGCGCAAGCAAGCAUUUGAGACCCUGAGGUGCAUGCAGGCUUUGGUUCGAGUUCAGGCCCGCGCUCGCGCGGGUCGCCUCCACGCCUCUGAAGCAACCCACCCCCCUCAUUCCUCCCAGCCAUCCAAGCCCACCUUUGGGCCUGCAACACCUGACAAACAAGAGUCGAGAAUGCAACGGAACCUGUCAAAGCGUGAAAGAAUGGUGCCUCUCAAGAGGAAUGCCUCCAAGCCUAGUAGUGGUGACAUAGGCCAAGAUGGGAUGCACCCAGGAUGGAUGUGGCUCGAUCGUUGGAUGGAUGGUGGCCGCUCUAUCGACCAUGCGCCAUCCACCGAAACCGCACGCUCAGCUCGAACAGCCAAAACCACCCAUGAUGAUGACCACUCUGACAAAAUUCUCGAAAUUGACCCUGGAAAACCCGGCCUCUCCCCCUCUAAGGACUCUACAACCGCUCAAUUAUCGAUCUCCAGCGCUUCACCCUCAGUUCGCAUGCCACUUCACUCUCCAUUGAGUCCUCUUCGAGUUCGAUAUGAAGAGGAGGAUUGCAUUUACGGUACAGCUGAGAAUAGCCCUCAACUUUACUCCGCCUCCUCGUCGAUGCAUGGCCUCAAGAGGGGUCCAUUUGCCCCUGCGAAAAGUGAGGGUAGUGGAGUGGGGCAAGGGUAUUUUGAUGGGUAUUAUUGGAAUUUCCCAAAUUAUAUGGCGAACACCGAGUCCUCGAGGGCUAAGGCUAGGUCUCAAAGUGCGCCUAGACAAAGGCCCGAGUGUGAGAAGGUGGGUUCAUUGCAGAAGUCGGAGCAUGGGGAUGGGUGUAAGGCUCGGUUCACAUCAAAGGCUUAUCCGGGGUCCGGUCGGUUAAAUCGGUUGGGCAUGCCGAUCAGGGGCUGACCGUAAUUUAUGUUAUCUAUUGGGUCAAUCUUCCAAAACAAAAUUGCUUUCAGUUUUAUGUUUUCACUUUUUGUCUUUUAAUUUUGUUUUUUUUUUUUAUCUUUCAAGGCUUAGCUUGAACAUGUGAUAUGGAACUGGAAAGAGUAGAUAGGAUCCCUCUCCCCCCCUCCCCACACACAUUUUUGAGUUACUUUUUUUUUUCCUGCUAUUUUUGGAUUUGGAUGGACGGUUGUGAUUGGAAGGAUUUGUGCUGGUUGAUGUAAUCACAGUCCAUGCUAGUUCUUUUUGUUUGGGUGGGUUUGGUGGGAUGGUGUGUUUUGUAUUGUUUAUUUUGAAUAGACUUUGAACAAAGGUAUAUGGUGUCAAAAUAUUCGAGUGUUGGUUCCUUUGUUUUAAAAAAGGACUCCUUGGAUUUGGAAUAUAAAAUUUUAA